AUGUCUCUUUGUUCUUCUGCGCCAUUAGAUUGGAAUAUAUCAGAGGAUCCAGUGGUUGCGCCUUCACAGCCCUCCGAUGGAUCAGACGGCGGUAGUAGAUCCUUUUGCAAGCAGCUUCCUGCCUCAGGCUUAGCUCAUACCGCAAUUUCUUCAUUAGUCGGCGCUUUUCUAAUUAGAGCGCAACACAAGAGCUUCGACGUACAGUCGUCUCUACCUAACAUCAAGCAUAACAAUGAAAGACGCAGAGUUCUGAAAUCGACAACCUUUUUGUUCAAAAAUGGAAUAGGUCGUUCCAGGAAUGGGUAA